GGGAUGGCAACGGUUUUUGGAGGAGAGAAGCAGUUACUGACCGUUUUAAAAUUCAAAUUUCUAGUUACUCAUCCACAAAACAUUUAUAUUUGAUCAAAUAGACAACAUCAAAACUUCCAAACUCACUACCCUCUUUGCCUUUAUCCAAUUCUUAUCUCCUCCUCUCAAAAAUGGAUCAAAUUCAAACCGAUGAAAUCGGAAUCAAAAUCUACAGCCCAUCGCCCCAACUCAAUGAUCAAUCGACAUACCCAUCUCCACAACCACCACCAACCACCACUUCACCACCACCACCACGCCCUAACCGAAAAAGACAAGCCAUAUCCAAAGGGGUCCAAAAAACACUCUCCAAAACCUCAAUGCUCGCGAACUUCCUCCCAACCGGUACCCUCCUCACCUUCGAAAUGGUCCUCCCAACCAUCUACGGCACAGGGCAAUGCUCCCAUGUAACCACCCUCAUGAUAAGCAUCCUGCUCUGCCUCUGCACUCUCUCCUGCUUUUUCUUCCACUUCACUGACAGUUUUCGGGGCCCAGACGGGAAAGUUUUCUAUGGAUUUGUGACUCCAAAAGGGUUGGCUGUGUUUAAGGCCGGGCUUGGAUUGGAAGUGCCAAAAGACGAGAGGUACAUAGUGGGUUUCAAUGAUUUUGUUCAUGCAGUCAUGUCUGUGAUGGUUUUUGCUGCAAUUGCUUUGUCGGAUCAUCGAGUUACGGACUGUUUGAUUCCAGGAAGGGAAGGGGAAAUGGAGGAGGUGAUGGAGAGUUUUCCGUUAAUGGUGGGGAUAAUUUGCAGUGGGCUGUUUCUUAUCUUUCCUAAGACGAGAUAUGGCAUUGGAUGCAUGGCAGCAUAAUUCAGUUCUUUUACAUACACAAAAUCCAAUCACAGAAUUAAAUGGGUUAGAUUUAUACAUUUAAUGAAUACUAAUUGUGUUUGAUUGUGUGAUCGGUGUCAAAACUCUGGUCUUAUUAUUGUUUCAUGGUGGGACUAGUGAUAAGUGUCUGUAAAUUUGUUGGUCUAAUGUGUUCUAGGUCUGUGGAACAAGAUUAGCAAUAGUUAGUUAUUAACGGAUACUUGAUUCAACAAG